UGUAAAGUUGGCUUAUUCCUUUUCCAUUGAUUAAGUUGGAUGAAAUAUCAGAAGUCAAACUUCCAAGGACCAGCCAUGAAAGGUGACUUGCUCUGGCUCUCCAGCGUGCUGCUGCUACUCCAUGGGGCCAGCAGCUGUCCAGAGAAGUGUCUUUGUCACAAGCCUACAAAGUCUGUUGACUGCAGCAGGCAAGGUCUGAGGGAAAUCCCCUUGGAUCUGCCUCCUGGGACCCAGAUCCUACAUCUCCAGCAUAACCAGAUUAGAGCCGUCCCCACUUCGGCCUUCAUCGGGACGCCCCUGCUCCGAAGCUUAGAUCUCUCCAAUAAUGCCCUUUUCACCCUGGCUCCUGGAGCAUUCUUGGGCCUUGCCCACUUACAGGUUUUAAACUUAACACAGAAUUCUCUUCAGUCCCUGGAAAACAACGUUUUCCAAUCCUUGCCUCAGUUGCAGGAGCUGGAUCUGUCCUUUAACAACAUCCAGGAGCUGCCCAGUUUUAAGGGGGAGACUCUGAACCACCUAACUUGGCUUGCCGUACAGAGGAACCAAUUAAGGCACGUCCACAGGGCCCAGCUAGCAGCGCUUCCCAGCCUGAGAGUUUUAUUCUUCAGGGACAACCUCUGGAAAUGCAAUUGCCACCUGCUGGAUCUCAAACUGUGGCUGGAGAGCUUUGUGUACAAAGGCGGAAUAACCGAUGGAGUUAUCUGCUCAGCCCCAGACAUCUGGAAAGGGAAAGACCUGCUUAAAAUUCCAUAUGAACUCUACAAUGCGUGCCUCCCUCUUCUUGGGAACGGGGGGCCCGUCCAAACCCAGUUCCCUGACACUGCCGAGCUGGAUCUCCCCCCGUCUGGCAGGCCCCAAGAACAGACAGACAAAAGCCAGUCAGACUGUGACCUCAAAGCCAAGACCCGGCCAGUCAGUCUCCGCCAUGCUCUUGCCACGGUGGUUAUCACAGGAGUUAUCUGUGGAGUUGUGUGUCUGAUGAUGCUGGUUGCUGCUGUUUAUGGUUGUACCUACGCGGCAAUUAUGGCUAAAAGCCACAGACAGCCUUUGAGACAUGCCAUGGAGCGGAGAAGUCUCCAAGAAGAAAAGGGGCCACUUGCUGCUUCCCUAGCGAGGGCUGCUAACCUGGCCUGCUGCCCAACAGCCAGCACGCGAACCCGACGCUCGGAGGCCAAUGUUGAGAAAUGCCCCGGCUUUCGGAGAGCUGUCGUCUCUCAGCCAGAAGCUCCUUUCUGGAAUGAUGGAAACAGCAGCUACUGA